AUUUCCUUUACCAAGAUCGACAAACUCUUUCCUCGCGACUCAAAGAGCAGCGGUACGCCUUUUCAUCCAGAAGCACCCUCGCUCACCCUCUUCGACUUGCCUUUCAACGGCUCGAUUGCAAUUUCCUGCACAGGCCGUCCAAAAUGGCAGCCGCGGAAAAUGGCGAUUUCGCCAUCAAGCCUGAGGCGGUGACACCCAACAUUCCCACCUCAGAGUGGCCGCUUCUGCUGAAGAAUUAUGACAAGCUGCUCGUUAGAACCGGUCACUUCACACCAAUCCCUGCUGGAUGCACUCCUUACAAGCGUGACUUGAAGUCUUAUAUCAGUUCCGGUGUGAUCAACCUUGACAAGCCGGCGAACCCCUCCAGUCAUGAAGUCGUCGCAUGGAUGAAGCGAAUUCUGAGAGUCGAGAAGACCGGUCACAGCGGCACUCUGGACCCGAAGGUUACUGGGUGCUUGAUCGUCUGUAUCGAUCGUGCUACUCGUCUCGUGAAGUCGCAGCAGGGUGCUGGUAAGGAGUACGUUUGCGUUAUUCGUCUCCAUGACAAGCUUCCCGGCGGUGAGGCGCAAUUCGCGCGUGCUCUGGAGACCUUGACUGGUGCUCUCUUCCAGAGACCGCCGUUGAUCUCCGCCGUCAAGCGUCAACUCCGUAUCAGAACUAUUCACGAGAGCAAGCUCUACGAGUUUGACAAUGACCGACACCUGGGUGUCUUCUGGGUUAGCUGCGAGGCAGGCACCUAUAUCCGAACUCUCUGUGUUCACCUGGGUCUGCUCUUGGGUGUUGGUGCCCACAUGCAGGAGCUUAGACGUGUGCGCAGUGGAGCUAUGGACGAGCAGGAUGGAAUGGUUACUCUUCACGAUGUUCUGGACGCCCAGUGGUUGAUGGACAACCAGCGCGACGAGUCGUACUUGAGAAAGGUUAUCCGCCCGUUGGAGACUCUGCUCACUACGUACAAGCGUAUCGUUGUCAAGGACAGUGCCGUCAAUGCUGUGUGCUACGGUGCCAAGCUUAUGAUUCCCGGUCUCCUGCGAUUUGAGGCUGGUAUCGAAGUUGGCGAGGAGGUCGUUCUUAUGACCACCAAGGGUGAGGCUAUUGCCCUUGGUAUUGCUCAGAUGUCUACUGUCGAGCUUUCUACAUGCGACCACGGUGUCGUGGCGAAGGUCAAGCGUUGCAUUAUGGAGCGUGACUUGUACCCCCGCAGAUGGGGUAUGGGUCCUGUUGCUCUGGAGAAGAAGAAGCUGAAGUCGGAUGGAAAGUUGGACAAAUACGGCCGUCCCAACGAGGCCACCCCCGCCAAGUGGAACAAUGAGUACAAGGACUACAACGCUCCCCUGGGAACCACCGAGCAGCCCGCUACCGAGACGACUUCCAAGGAAGAUGUCCUAUCUGCUCCCCCAGUGCCGCCAACCGGUGAUACCAACGGUGUCCCAUCAUCCCCAGCUGGCAAGAUGGAUGUUGAUGAGGACAAUGACGAGAAGAAGAAGCGGAAGAGACAUGAAGGCGAGACUCCAGAGGAGCGCGCUGAGCGUAAGCGCAAGAAGAAGGAGAAGAAGGAAAAGAAGGAGAGGAGAAAGUCGAAGCAGAAGGAGGACGACAGUGAGGACAGCGAUUAAAUGCCCCUCAGAGAAGGCGCCCCUCUUGCUCUGUGAUGCGCCAUUGCUGGACGGGGCUCUUCUACUACCGUGCUCUUUCGGGCGUGUCGGUCAUCUAUUGGGACGUGUUCCUGUAACAUAUGCUGUUUCUUCUUGGGCGGAGUCUCGGAAUCAUUUUCUUACGUUUGCUCGAUCUGGUCAAAAAUCUGUUUCUUCUUUUUUCAGCAAGGACUCAAUGGGAAAAAGUGUGUGCAAGAAAACAGUGAAGCUAAUUCUGUUAAUUGAAAUUCCUUCCCAAAUGAGCCCAUACUAUUAUCCUUUAUCUACUUGUAAUUCUUGUUGUAGGUUUUGUAGUUGGAGCGACGAGUGAAUAUGCUGGUGUCAUGCUGUG